GUGUCCAGGCGCGAGGCCCGGCGGUGGCGGCGGCGGGAGGCAGCAUGUCGGUAGCGGGGCUGAAGAAGCAGUUCUACAAGGCGAGCCAGCUGGUCAGUGAGAAAGUGGGCGGCGCUGAGGGGACCAAGCUUGACGAUGACUUCAAAGAGAUGGAAAAGAAAGUGGACGUCACCAGUAAGGCCGUGGUGGAGGUACUGGCCAGAACCAUCGAGUACCUGCAGCCUAACCCAGCUUCCAGAGCCAAGCUGACAAUGCUCAACACAGUGUCCAAGAUCCGGGGCCAGGUGAAGAACCCUGGCUACCCGCAGUCGGAGGGCCUGCUGGGCGAGUGCAUGACGCGGCACGGCAAGGAGCUGGGUGGAGAGUCCAACUUCGGCGAUGCUCUGCUGGACGCAGGGGAGUCCAUGAAGCGCCUGGCUGAGGUGAAGGACUCUCUGGACAUCGAGGUCAAGCAGAACUUCAUCGACCCCCUGCAGAACCUGUGUGACAAGGACCUGAAGGAGAUCCAGCACCACCUGAAGAAGCUGGAGGGCCGGCGUCUGGACUUCGAUUACAAGAAGAAACGGCAGGGCAAGAUCCCUGACGAGGAGCUGCGCCAGGCCAUGGAAAAGUUCGAGGAGUCCAAGGAGGUGGCCGAGACCAGCAUGCACAACCUCCUGGAGACUGACAUCGAGCAGGUGAGUCAGCUGUCUGCGCUGGUGGACGCACAGCUGGACUACCACCGGCAAGCUGUGCAGAUCCUGGACGAGCUGGCUGACAAGCUGAAGCGGAGGAUGCGUGAGGCCUCGUCGCGCCCCAAGCGAGAGUACAAGCCCAAGCCGCGGGAGCCCUAUGACCUGGGCGAGUCGGAGCAGUCCAACGGGGCCUUCCCCUGUGCCACAGCCCCCAAGAUCACAGCUUCCUCCUCCUUCCGGUCCUCUGACAAGCCCAUCCGCACCCCCAACAGGAUUAUGCCACCCCUGGACCAGCCGAGCUGCAAGGCCCUGUACGACUUUGAGCCCGAGAACGACGGGGAGCUGGGCUUCCGCGAGGGCGAUGUCAUCACGCUCACCAACCAGAUCGACGAGAACUGGUACGAGGGCAUGCUGCACGGCCAGUCGGGCUUCUUCCCGCUCAGCUACGUGGAGGUGCUGGUGCCGCUGCCGCAGUGAC